AUGAAUAUUGAUGGAAUGAGAUUACCAAACGAGGAAGAAUUAGGCGAAAUUACGAAUCAAAUCAAUCAUCAAGUCACCAAUCCUGAUUUAUCUUCCAAUCUUAUACCCAGUCAUCAAGAUCUUCAUAAUCAACCUGAUCAUCAAACAAAGGAGGGACAAAGUGAUUCUAAUUCACCCACUUAUUCAAGUCCUAACUCAAUCCCAAAUCCCGAUUCAAACAAUCAACUACGUUAUCAUCAUGACACAGAUCAUAUGCCAACAACGUCAAAUCGACAUUCUUCAGAUAACUCGCCAUCAACUUCGAUCGGAUCUUCCCGUCCUUCUGGGCAACUUAAUAUUAUCAAUUCGAAAGUCAUCCAUUCAAUCAACAGUUUUGAUCCCAAUACUAAGUUACAAUCAUUGACACCAGCAGAUUCUCCAUUACUUCGAGAAGCUAAAGCUCGAUUGGAUCUUGAAAUUGACAACAUGGAAAAUCCUUUCAAUAGGGAUUUGAUUAGACACUUUCGUGUCGAGUUCUUCAAGUCGUGGGACAGUGUACUAGAGGUAAUGAGAUUGGCUGAUGCAAAUAAAGCUGGAAUUCCGACCGAAUUUUUGAAAAAAGUGAUUAAUCCUAUCAUCAACCAUCUCCUGAUUCGACGCAAUCUACCAGAAAUCUUACCUCGACAAAUUCCAGCUCAAACUCCUGUGAUUAGAACUGUCGCACUUUGGGCUCAAUUCUGGCGUUUGUUGGCUAACACCAAUCCUAAACCGAUUCUCAAUGAUAGUUACAUUUCAGGUGCAAUGGAUUGGAUUAUCAAUCUGGUACUGCGUCAAUUUCCUAUCGACAUUCUUUCCGUUUAUGAACGAUCAAUUUUAGAUCCUACGAACAUUGAACUUCGAAUUUCUAAAUUUAUCACAGCGCUCGAUCAAUCUGAUGUCUUAGGUAGACUGACUCAAGAUUUGUUCAACGUCAAUUUGAGGAAUCAGGUUCAUCAUUUUUAUGAGGGUCUUGUAAGGACCAAUCAAGCACCACAUACCGCUCUUGAGUAUCUCAGGGCUGAACAUCAUGGUCAACAUCGAAGGCUAUUUUUCAAUCAAUACCAACAAUAUAGACAAGAUGUAAUUCUUCUUAGGUGUGCUUUAUCAGGUUUACGUCCGUCAGAUUAUCAAUCAGAGUGGAAUCGAAUCACACCCAUCCAUUCUGGAGAAAUCAGACAAACACUUCGACGCCUCAUGAUUGAUCGAGCAAGUCGUCUAUUAUUGAAGCAGUUAGAAUCCACCCUCAAGUUGAAACAGCCAUCAUUUCAAAAUGUACAUCCAUUCGCAACUUAUCUAAGUGAAUCAUAUUUACAAGUGGUCCAAAGAGAUGUGAUAUCAAGUAGUACAGGUCAAAAUUUUGAUCAAAUCGUUAAUGUAUAUCUACUGCCCAUGAGAACCUGGUCCACCAUUUUAGAACAUAUGGAUCCUGAAAUCGAAGUCAAGCUAAGUAAAGAUAUGUUGAUGUUUUUAGAUGAAAAAGUACGUGAAGGCAUCAAAGCAGAGUUUAUUCAUAAUUGGAUUUAUAUAAUUUAUUCCACCUUUGAAGAAAUUCAAGUUGAGAACCGACUUGAAGAAACAUUCAUAAACAAAGAAAUGCAGGAUUGGUUAUCAGAUCAAGGAAGAUUAAUGUCUGAGAAAUAUUGGGAUGUUGAGGACAUCAAACCCAUGACCAGAUGGUUAAGUCAUGAAUUGAAUCUAUCACUUGUUAGAAAUCGGCAAAUUUUAUUACCACCUGUACCUAAAUUCUCGAGUUCAAAUGUAAAGGAAGUUUCGAAAAUGUCAAGACCAUCUAGUUCUCAACCAAUUUCAAAGUCAUCAGCACUUAUUCAAUUCACAAAGUCAAAGUCAAAACUCGAUACAGCUUCUAAAGAUUUACAUUUAUCACCACCAUCUAGAUCUCAUCAAGUUGAAAACAUACCACCUGUACCGAAAUUUACGGAUCCGAAACCCAAAUUGACUUCUCAAGAUUUACGUAUCUCGCGACCAUCUAGUUCACAAUAUCGAGAAAAUAUACCACCAGUGCCCAAAUUCAACCGUCCGUCAAAUGUAGGCGUGUCUUCAGACGAUCCACCUGUUUCAACCUCAAAUCCGUCAAAUCUAGGCUUAUCUUCAAAAGAUUCACAUACUUCACCACCACCUAGUUCUCAUCAAAUGAAUGAAGAUGUGCCACCGGUACCCAAGUUCAAAAAUCCGCCCAAUCUAGGUCUCUCUUCAAAAGAUCCAGAUAGUUUACCUUCAACUAGUUCUCAUCAAAUGAAUGAAGAUCUACCACCGGUAACCAAGUUCAAAAACCCGUCAAAUCUAGGCUCAUCUUCAGAAGAAUCACAUAAAUCACCACCAAGUAGUGAUCAUCAAUUUCUUGAAACUUCAACACCUUCAUCAUCAUCAUCAUCAGCUGUACCUAGAUUCUCGGAAUCCAGUUUAGAAGACUUUUUUCAACCGAAACUUGAAUCGAGUCCUACUAUUGCUCAAGAAGUGAAUGAAGCAGAAGAAAAAGAAAUCGAUGGGUUCCUUAAUGAUCAUGAUCAAUCUCAAUCUGAUGAAGAAGAUUUCAUGAAUCCAUCCAAAAAAAGAAAAUUGAUGGAUUGA